AUCCAGAGCAGCCGAGCUAGCUCGCUAGCUAACGUUAGCACAGUGGUUAGCCAGCGAGGUGUUGCUGUGUUAAAUACAGUUCGAUAGCCUCUAUUAUGAGUAAAACUAUAGCCGUGUUGUAUAAGUUACGGCAUAAAUUAUAUUGGUAUUCAACAGUGUAGAAUGCAGUCGGCGGUUGCUACUCAGUGAACUAUCCAUAUGGGUUGUGGCAAAACAGCGCCUAGCUAACAUUGUUAAGCUAGCAUGCUAACAACUAGCUGUCACAUAAACUGUCAAUAUAAUGAAACCAGGCACCAUUGUUGGUCCAGUGACGAUGAACGAGCAGGAGAGUGGGGUGGUCUCCUUUGACGAAUAUGUGCGGCAAAAGGCCCGCACUGUGCCUCAGCACAGGAUGAAGGAGUUCCUGGAGUCUCUUGCCAAGGGCCCAGAGGUGCUGCAGGAGUUCAGCCAGCAGGAAGGGGCAGCCACCAGUACAGCCAUGGUGUACCAUCAGCAGGGUGCCAACUGUGUUUACACAGACAGCACGGAGGUGGCAGGAUCUCUCCUGGAGCUGGCCUGUCCAGUACAGGUGACCUCAACAGAGAUGUCACCCCAGCUGCAUCAAGGAUCUGAACAGCAGCUUCAAGUGCAGGUUCAGAUCCAAGAACAGCAGGGCCAAACAGUUGGUCAGGUUCUUCAGGUGGCCCACCCCUCUCAGCAGGACAUACAGGGAAUCUCAACAGCCCAGCUUGUGCAGGCAGGAGAGCUCACAGAGGAGCAGCAACAGCAGAUUCAGGCUCAGUUGGUUGCCGCCGUAGCUGGAGGACAACAAAUCCAACUGUCAAGUGGCCAACAAAUCCAGUUGCAGGGAAUGCAGCAUAUUCAGUUGCCUGGGGGACAGCAAAUUCAACUUCAGGCCGGCCAGCAGAUUCAGUUACAGGGUGGGCAACAAAUCCAGAUCCAGACCAUUGAGACCAUGACUCCUGCUCAGCAACAGGACUCUACCAGGGAGGCAGAGCGGAGGCCCAGCACUAUCCCCACUGUUCUCCAACCAGCCAAGAAGCGUAAGAUGGAUGUCCCCCUAGCUGUUUCGUAUGCUGUUCCACAGGGGCAGCAGGUGGCUACAGUUUUAGCCAUCCCUCAAGGCCAGCAGCAAAGUUAUGUGUCCCUACGACCGGAUUUGCUCACAGUUGACAGUGCUCAGCUGUACAGCACUACAGGAACAAUCACAGGUCCCCAAGGUGAGACCUGGACCAUCCCUGUGUACUCCACUCCACAGCAGCAGGGUGUAACUCACAUUGCUAUACCACAGGAGACGUAUAGCACAGUGCAAGUAACUACCGCCAACGGCAAGGACAAAAUGUCCCCAAAUUCCACAUCGAGGUCUGCCGACGUGCAUUCGGCCACCACUGCAACGCAGGAAGAGAUCGUGCAGACCCUCUUCCCAGCACAGUUCAUGAACGGCAACAUUCAUAUCCCCGUGGCAGUGCAGACCGUAGGAGGGACAUACAACACUACACAGUCAGUGCAAAUAUGGGACCCAAAUCAACAGCAGAGUCAAGGGGAAGAUGGACAAGACCAGCAGCUCCAUCUGCAGGGUCAAGUAGCCACUGAAGCUCAGGGCGAAGCACCCACAGAGAUUCUGGUUCCUGUGUGUCUAAAGCCAGAGGAAGGGCUGGAGGUUUGGCGCCUUUGGGUGAAGAGAAAAAAUGCUGAACUAAGCAAACGGGAAACAACAAAGCUUGCGCCCAUAGGACGUCGUCAGCCCCUGCGUUUUCAGGAAGAUCUGGUAUCCAGUGCAGUGGCGGAGUUAAACUUGGGUCUUUCCCUGAUGACUCAGGAGGCACGAGGAUCCGAGGACGAACAGUUUGCUCCCGAUGUCCUGUAUUAUGUUUUCUUGUGUAUACAGAAGUAUCUUUCUGAAAAUGGACGUGUGGAUGAUAUUUUCAAUGAUCCAUAUUACACUCGAUUUUGCGAAAGUUUACACAAAAUCCUGCACGACUGGAAACCCACUGUGCAUCCUUUAGGUUAUAUCAUCCCAAGUCACGUGACAGAGGAGAUGCUGUGGGAGUGUAAACAGCUUGGCGCACAUUCACCUUCCACAUUGCUCACAACUCUAAUGUAUUUCAACACUAAGUAUUUCCACUUGAUAACACCUGAACAGCACAUGAAAGUAGCUUUCUCUAAAGUCUUAAGACACUCAAGGAAGAACCCAACUAACGCCAAGGACAAAGCAACCAGUAUUCGCCUUCUCAAAGGGCAAGGCCUACACAGUGCUGGACAAAAAGGAACCGAUGACAUGUAUGAAGAGCAGAUCGAGGAUCCUGCGAAUCCUCUUCGUUGUCCCAUCAAACUUUAUGACUUUUACCUCUUCAAAUGCCCACAGAGCGUUAAAGGACGUAACGAUGCGUACUACAUGACUCCAGAGCCUGUCGUUGCACCAAACAGCCCGAUGUGGUACUCCUCUCAGCCCCUCACAAUUCAGCAGGUGGAACAAAUGCUGUCUCGCAUCAUCGUGGUCAGAGAGAUCCAGGAGAUCAUCUGUGUUGUUCCAGAAAAUGUGAGCUAGAUUGAGGACUUGGCUCACAGGAACUUGUUCUCCAGAUUGUUGACUAUGCAGUAUCCAUCCUGACUAUUAUCAUCGAUGGCCAUUAAAAUAAAGUGGAACAACUUCUGAGGAGAGUAUCAUGAUUAUGCUCAUCAGAUCCACAAAUUCUUCUCUUCUUAUUAUCUCUGUUUUUGACCGGUAGGUUGGAUUUCUCGUUCUCUUGGCUGCCUUUGUAAGAUAUCACCUCUGUAACUUUUGAACCGGCAAGUGAGCAAGACUUUAGUCUCUUCUCAGCUGGGCAGAGAUGAUACACGUUCGUGUACAAAGUCAAUCUUAUAAAUGAUUAAACAACUGUAAUCUUUUCUUUCUUAACCUCACAGGCUGUUCACGUCUUAAUUCUCUAGUACCACUAGUAAUAAUCUUAAGACAGUUACAGGGACCAGUGCUCACAACUUUUUUUUAAAAAUACAUUUUGGACCAUGUAUGAUAAGUUUGAAUCUGAAAUACUUGUGCCUGUUUUUUCCAAAACAUAAUUACAUGAUAUUGCUUGUGGAAUAAGUUAAAACUCAAUCAUUCACAUGGUUAAGUGCUACAGAUCGGUGACAAAUUGAAGGCAAAACCAGUGUGUUUCAGUAACUUGGUUGCCUGUGCUGCCUCUUUAACUCAGCUGUAGUGAAGGACACAAUUUUUCUUUAUCUAGAAGAUAUCCUCUAAAUGGGUAUUUUAACCAUGGUAGUGGCCAUGUUGGCCCAAACUCCCCCGCAGGGCACUUUUUGUUUAAGAUCCGGUGACUCCAGAGGUCAUAGCCUGAUUCAUAAUUUCAUAGCUCAAGUAUUUCAACCCCUUCCUGCAUCCUGGGAGAUGCCACUCGUGUCAAAACUGAAGCAUUUUAACAUAGGAUUAAUGUGAGCUGAGACGUACUCCCUCAGCAUAACUGAGACACCAUAUACUGUUGGAUUUUUUUCCCUUUAAUUUGUCACCUAUAUCUGUAUAUUGUAGUCAUUCAGAUUUUUCUCAGGAUAAAACUAACAUCUGAAACACCCAUCAAGGAUUUUUGCCAACGUAUUCCUUCAUGUAUGUGUGUAUAGUAGGCUAUUAAACAAUAUAUGCAGAUGGAA